AUGGGCUUGGGAUCCAAGAGGAGUGUAGCCAGUGAAAAGGAAAAACUGAAAGAACUGGUAUCCCACAUCUCAGAGCAGGAUAUCCUGUUGACACUGGUAGACAAGGGAGUUCAAGGACAAUUCUUAACAUGGGAAAACACCAUGCAGCUAGACCUAGGUUGGAACAACCUUAUUUACAACUACAAGAUGAGCCCUGCUCUUCUUAAGUUCCACCUCAAUGCAACCCAUGACGUUGCAAAUACUCCAGCAAACAUGAGCCUGUGGAACUAUGCUGACACAGGACACUGUCCACUUUGCGGAUGGAGACACUGCAACAUUAAGCACAUUUUGGUAGCCUGCAACUUCUCGCUGAACAACAAACGAUACAAUUGGAGGCAUGACAACGUGCUGCGGGUCAUUGCGAAAUCCCUACUGGAUCAAAUCGAGAAGUUCAACAACAAAGAUUUUAAACUUGAAGUUCAGGACUGGACAGGCUUCAAGUCAUCUAGCAGCUGUUACCAAAAACCGAAGACGAAGAUGAAAAGAGAGAGCCCUUUUGAGAAAGACCAAGAUUGGCAGAUUAUCUGGGACGAAGAUGACCUCCCAGCACAGUUCCCCAGCACAUCUACGGAACUGCAGAACGUCCCGAUAUUGUAG